AUGUCGGAAAGAUCUUGCCCAGUCAGUGGACACAAGGGUGGACCUCACUCAACAUGUGCUGCUGGUGGUCAGAGAACUGGGCCUCGAGGCUGUGCUUUCGCCGCAUACCAAAUGUCAUCCCAGUCUCACUAUUCACCUUCUGGUACACCGUUAGAUGGCAAGACAGUGGACGACUUGGUAGACCAAGAAAGAAAAACCAUUACAGAGCUACUCAUCCCCGAACCCCCUCCCCGGUCUGUAACAAAUGGACUCGCCAAUGCCGACCAUCUAAACCCUCGAGACCUUGAUGUACUGGCUUCUGCCCUUGGAGCCCCUGCUCGACAAGUACUCAAUCGAGCUAUGGAGUUGGGUCCUCGGACUGGUUGGCGAGAUGGAUAUCUAUCAAGCACUCAUGGCUUCUGUCCUCCAGAUCCAUCCGCGGCACCAGCCGCACUUGCAAUAUCUCCAGGAAGGGUGUGGUCAGAUCUCUGCGAACGCAUGCCUGCGGUUGUUGCCCGAGGGAAAAUGCGUGAAUCAAUCCUUCAAUUGCCAAUGGUGUUCGGUACGCCAGACGUGAUUCCCGAUGCCGCUUUGUGGGCUGCAACAGUCUGCCUCGGCAUACUCGCCAGUGUUUAUCGUUAUGAAGAGAUGAACGAUGGCCAUGAAGGCAUCAGUGUUUCUGCUCCACCAGAAACCUUUCGAAACAUUGCGGGUGAAGCCGACGAAGAAGAGGAGACAAAAGCAAUCCCAAGGAACAUAGCGAUUCCAUUACGGCAGAUAUGCACACGAAUGGGCCGUAUCUUACCCCAUUUGACCCAGUAUGACGUGUCUGUCUACAACUUCAAGCUUCGUGAUCCAACGAGCAUCAACCCUUAUGUUGCCCGCUGUGAGAACAUGGAUCUCAGAUGGCCGGUUUUCAAUGAUCGAGGGGAAGCAAUGUUCUUAUUGUGCAUGGCCGAGACACAUGGCUGUUUUGUGAAUGGUGUCGAGACCAUGACUCGAUGUCAAGAAAGAGUCAUGCUAAGGGAUAAGGAAGGGCUCCUUCGAGAGCUCAUCAAGCUUAAGACGAUUGUCGACAGAUUCGCCCACGUCUUCCACAAAAUCAGUGUCAAUCCCCAUUCUGGAGAAAACUUUGCCAACCCCGUAGAGUGGGGCCAACGAUAUGCCAAAUUCUCUGCACCGCUCUCCAAGCGAGUGCCUGCAUUGUCUGGACUCGCAUUACCGGUGUUCCUACUCAUGGACGCUUUCAUUGGACGGACUAAAUAUGAUACAUUCUUGGGUAAGGAGGCCUUGCAUCUUCGCGCUUGGUUGCCUCUCAACAUUCGAGCUUUCAUUGCCUCAAUUGAGUAUCACUACCAAGUCCCGGCAUUUGUCAAAGAAUCUGGUGAUCCCAGAUUGAUGGGGGUUAUGGAGGGUAUCUUAGAAGCUUAUAUCUCAGAAAAAGGCUGGAUGGGAACACAUCGGCAAGUAUACGGCUUUCUUGAAGUUGUUGCCAAAACGGGCAGGAGUGAGACGAACGGGAAUGCAGGUUCUGGUGACAGUGCUGGGCGUCCCUGGGAAGAGGUUCACAAGAGCCUUUCUGACUCCAUGAGAGAACGACUCGAACCGUUCCGCGGCAAGAUUAAUCUGCAGCCCCAAGAACUUCGAGGAACUUUCGAAGAGUGCAGGUUCAAAGCACGCAUCCUCUCCCGCUCGUCAAUUGACAACGACCCAGCUCGAUUGACUGGCAUGGUAACCUUUGGUCUCGAAGAUACUGGAAUCACAUUUCAACCAGGUGACCGCCUUGCGGUCAUGCCUAUGAACAGCUGGACAGAAGUCAACAAGGUCACAGCGGCCCUGGGCCUGGAUGAGUUUCUCCAGAAAACUGUACCAGUGGCACACACGCCAGACUGGCAUCGAUUUUCCAAGCAUAUCAAAGCUGUCAACAAAUCGGAUGGAGAAGCCAUCGUGACGGUUCAGGAUGUUCUCCGACGAGGCCAUCUUGCACCUCUCACUAAGGACCUCAUCAUGGCCUUCCAUAUCGCGCUCCGUGCCUCAUCAUCAACUCUGGUGAAGUUGCUGAGCUCUGAAAUGUGGCCUGUGCAGGGUACCAUCGGAGAUGUUCUUCAACUUGCCGUAUCUGAAGUUUCUCCAGCGCUAUGGGACAAGGCUUUUGAUCUCAAUGACUUGUCAUGGUUACCCAAGUUGAUUCCCGUCGAAACUCCACGGACAUACAGUAUCUCCAACUAUUCAAAUGAGUUACUGCCAAGUACAGUCGAUCUGACUGUUGCAAGAAGUGAAUACAAAGUGGCAAAGGUCUUGGAUAUGGGAUCAUCUUCGAACCAACGAUACGGUGUUAGUAGCGGUUGCCUCAAUCCUGAUCCAGCAUAUUCGGAAGAAAUGUUCGACGAUGAGGAAUAUCUCAUUGGUGUCUGCCGUCCACUCAAUUUUGAGCUCCCCGCGACAAUGUCAGGACCUAUUGCAAUGUUUGCUGGUGGUUCAGGCAUUGCACCGUUCCGUUCUUUUUGGCAGUCUCGCGCGCAGACCAGCGUUGGAAGAAAUAUACUAUUCCUCGGAGUUCAAUCACGCGAUCGCUUCUCCUACGAGCAUGAACUCCGUGACUUUGUCCGCAAUGGCCAAAUGGAGUUGCACACGGCAUUUUCUAGGGACACCAAUGGCUUAGUCUAUGACCCUAUGUCAAGAGAUCUGAUCGAAAAGCAGAUGAGUCCCCGAUAUCUCGACACUACGAUUAUCGAGCAAGGACGCACUGUUUGUGACAUUGUCGUCUCGAAAAGCCAAGGAGGUCUUGGAGGUCAUUUAUACAUUUGCGGAUCACUUGCAAUGUAUGAAACCAUCAUGUCAGGAAUUCGCCAAGCGAUCUACCAGAAUUGGGCUUCCACCAAAGAAACAGCAGACAGCUUGGUCGCAAAGGCUUUUGCUGAAAGACGAUUUAUGCUUGACAUCUUCAUGACUCCAAAGCCUGUGAGCUAUUCAACGCCCCGGAUACCAAUUUCCAAAUUAUCUCUGAACACUGGGCAUCGCAAAGGAUCUCGAAUGUGGAUCGGUGUUCACGGUAGUGUCUAUGAUAUCACGGAUUUUCUGCCCAUGCACCCCGGUGGCACUUUGAUCGCCCAAGCGAGUGGCGGCCUCGAUGCUUCAAAGACGUUUGAUGAUGUUGCACAUACUUCGAACCCUGAGGUUACGAGCUUGUUGUCCAAGUACUUUAUUGGCCACUUGGCAUCGAAGCCAGAGUUCCGUUCAAAUGAGAUCAGCGGCCUCUACGAUCUUUGGUAUCAAUAUCUCCGCAAUUGCGUUGAAAGCCUCACCACUUUGUACUUCGAGGUCAACUACAUCCAGCAGGAUGCCCGGACGUGGUUCCAAGGCGACUUGUUCAAUAUGGGCGGCGUUCGAAAGUUCUAUCAGUUUCAGUCCAGACUGAUGCAAAAUGGUUUCUCAACACUAUUUGGAGCUAAACUCCAGGAAUUGUAUCUCAAAUUGACCUUUGCGUUGGUCAGCUCCGGUACACCUGAGACUCGCGUCUCCGAUGUCAUUGGCACCAUCACUCGAGCGCAGGCAUCUUCCGAUUCUGCAACAGCAGCAAACGAGAUUGCACAAAUUGGCCAAUUCGUGUGCAACAGUCAGAAUGCUCAAUUCCAAGAAAAUGGUAUCCUAAGAUACUCCCAGGCUGUGACCGAGUUGGACGUCCGGUUUCUCGAGGAGAUUCGCGAAGACAUCUGCCUUGGGAUGGACGCAUUCACUGUUGUCGAGACUAUGGACUCCGGUUCAGGCCAUGAUAAACAGCGUCUGGUCAGCAUUAGCAGUUAUCUACUUUCGGUUCUUGAGCGUGUGGCGCAGCGCCUCGAAACUUUUUACUCAAGACUUGCAAGAGAAUCUAUCUACCGACCUGAGAUCGAGAAGAAUCCUGCUAGGACCAGAUGGAACGUCCUCAGGCGCAAGAUCAGAGACGGUUCAUUCUUCAUCCUAAGCCAGGGAACGGCAUUUACUGGUUUAAAAGCUGGUGACAAACCAUUCCGAGCAACGAGACAUGUGGAUCAAGACAUUCUCUUUGCCCAAGUUGUCUCACAAGCCAAGAACACACUUGAUGGUCAUGCUCAGUCGACACUGGCUGCAUCAGCAAGGUCCGAAGCUGAUGCAAGCAGAGGCAGACGUACCCUUGCUCACUCACACACGGCAAGGGCUGUGCCAAACUCGAAAGGACCAUCAUCAUACGAAGUUCAUGAAGCACAUAGCGCUCUUCAUUCUAUGUCAAAAUUCAUGAGCUCCAAUGUGCAGUCGAUCAAACGACUCAGUCAAUUGCCAUCAAACCUCAGCUAUGCACAUAUCAUGGCAGCAUAUGGUACCCAUGGAACUCGUGAUCAACGCCCUGUCCCACCAAUCCCGGACACAGAUGAGAGGUCUUUAAAGGCCGCGCUGCAUCACCGCAGAGAUGAUUCCCUUGCUACUCGACACAUACUCACGAACUCCUCUACAAGUACGCGGUCGCAUUCGAGAACCAGAAGUCCAGCAGCGGCAGAUAGUGGCCGACGACUCGUUCGACGUGGAACUAAUGGCUCAAUAUCAAGCGUCAGUGGUCUGCCAAUGAAUCCAGCUCCAAGCGCUCAAAGCCACAUGUCGUUUGUGGGAAGACCCGGUUUGCUGUCACGUUCUCCCUCAAUUACGUCCAACUCGGCGAUGCCCUUGCCGCUGGAACUCGCAAAUCGAUCACGAUCUCAGUCCCGAACGCGAUCAGAUUCAGACACGAGAAACCGUCGGCAAAUUGGUGGAGGAGCCGCGUCUGAAUCUGGUCUGAAUGGGCCUGGGCCAGUCGUGCAAUCAUUAGCACGACGGAAGACAUCUGCUUCUUCACCCAGAAAACAAGCGGUAGCUCAGCCGCCCACUUCAUUCAGUCCAACGGCACAGGCGUUGCUUGCACAGGACUCCCUUAGUUCUACAGAAAUGGCCUCAGUCCAUAUGAAUGACCAGCUGUUGAUCAAAAUGCAACAGCAAAACGACAUGCUUGUGAGAGCUCAGACAAAACCGAGCUCACCAUCCUCAUCUAGAUCUGGUGAAGGCGCAGAUCAUGGACUUCGUGCGUUGAGGCUUGCCCCCGCUCCGAUUCUUAAUGGCAGGCAGCCAGAUAGCACUUACUCGAGUGGUGCAGACUCGUAUGCACCUGCGGCUGCUGCACCCAUGAACCGAUUCCGCAUCCCUCUGCUGCCUUUGGAUGUCAGGUGA